CCCACCCAAAUUGUGACUCAGCUUGACGUGUCGGUAUCACAUACCUCAAAACCUUCUUAAGUGGAAAGUUUUCCAUUGACAGUCAUCAAUCGGUCUCGGAUUAUCAUGACGUCUCAGGUGGAGCCCAAAGCUCAGGCUCCUCUGAUAUCCAUUACCCCUCUCCUCAAAAGACUCUGGCCCUCGCCAGGCGAAAACAAUGUCACGGCGGAAGAGAUUGCCGCGGCAAUAGCACUCAUUUUCACAGAUCAAUUGUCUCCCGUGCAAACGGGGGCUUUGCUCACAUGUUUACAUUUCACGGGAUGGGAUCGGAGAGCGGAUGUCAUCGCCAAAUGCGCCGAAGUCAUGAGAAAUGCGGCGUCAUUGGUUGAUAAAGAUAUCCUAGCUGAAGUCGUCAAAAGGAGAGGAAGACCUGAGGGUCAAUAUAAAGGUGGUCUGGUGAGUUUGUUGAAUUGGAAUUUGUGUUUCUUCAAUUGCUGAUAAUACCAUAGUGUGAUAUCGUUGGAACAGGGGGUGACUCUCAUCAUACCUUCAAUAUCUCUACCACCUCUUCUAUUCUGGGUUCUUCCCUUCUCUUUCUCAGCAAACAUGGAAACAAAGCUUCAACUUCAAAAUCUGGCUCAGCUGAUUUACUUCAUGCUGUGCAACCGAAACCCCCUGUGCUUGGUGCUGUCACGCCCAGCACCAUCGCUCAAGUCUACGAGAAGACCAAUUAUGCCUUUCUCUUCGCUCCCGUCUUUCAUCCAGGAAUGAGAUAUGUGGCACCCAUUCGAAAAGAUUUAGGUUGGAGAACUAUUUUUAACCUCCUCGGACCCCUUGCCAAUCCCGUCGAGACCAGCAUAGAAGCCCGUCUUUUAGGAGUGGCACGAAGAGACAUCGGACCAGUAUUCGCAGAUGCCCUCAAAAUGAGCGGUUCCAGAAAAGCCAUGAUCGUCUGCGGCGAAGAAGACUUAGACGAAAUCAGUUGCGCAGGGAAAACCUACUGCUGGAGACUAGUCGAUCGCUCAACACAUUCUGAUCCCUCUCCUGAUGACAUCGACAUCGAAACCUUCACUAUUUCCCCUUCAGACUUCGGAUUACCCGCUCAUCCCUUGGAAGACGUAUCUCCAGGCAAGGAACCAGAUGAAAAUGCCCGAAUUCUAACGAGACUUCUGCAGAAUCAGUUAUCGAAGGAUGACCCUAUUCUUCACUUUGUGCUUAUGAAUACGGCUGCUUUGUUUGUGGUUUCAGGCAUUUGUGAGGCGGAUAGUAGUGAUAUGGGACUUGGUGAUGAUGGAAAAGUUAUCACGGAGAGGGGUCCUGGAGGUGGAAGGUGGAAAGAGGGUGUUAGGAGGGCAAGGUGGGCUGUGGAAAGUGGGGAGGCUUGGAGGCAAUGGGGGCAGUUUGUAGAGAUCAGUAAUAGCCUGGCGGUUCAUAGUUGA